AUGGUUUCCCCUGACGAAAAAUCGAUUGAAAAACCAUUUCUUCCUCCACCCAUUGCCUCAGCAUCUGCCUAUGCACAUGUCCAAAAACAGAAUUCUGUUGUUCGCAUUUUCCUAGUAGUAGCCUUUUAUUGGGUUGCUUCUCUAUCGGCUGUAUUCUUAAACAAGUAUAUUCUGAGUAGUUCCGAAUACAAAUUUCCGUUUCCUCUGUUCGUUACCUGGUUUCAACUGGUUGUUGCCUUAUUCAUCUUAUUGGUAUGGGGAACAUUAGGCCAAAGAUUUCAAUCAUUUUCUAUUAUUCCUCCGUACGAACUUGAUAUGGAAGUUGCACGCAAGAUAGCGCCCUUGACUUUUAUGUACGUUAUGAUGCUGACUUUUAACAACAUGUGCUUGCAAUAUGUGGAAGUUACUUUCUAUCAGGUCGCUCGAUCCCUCACAAUUAUUUUCAACAUUGCAUUUACUUAUGUUUUACUUGGAUUUAAAACAUCAUUUUCAGCAUUGAUUUGUUGUGGAAUUGUAUUCCUCGGUUUCGUUGUAGGAUCAUAUGGUGAAAUAAACUUCUCUUGGGAAGGAAUAAUCUAUGGUGUGGCUUCAAGUAUGUUCGUUGCUUUGUAUGGCAUUUACGUCAAAAAGACACUGAUUUAUGUCGACAAUAACCAAUGGCGCCUUCUUCAUUACAACACAAGUCUUUCUAUAAUAUUACUUUUUCCCCUUGUACUGUUUGCUGGCGAAUUACAAGAGAUUGCAAAAGUUUACUUUUUGGGAGAGAUGAGCUUUUGGAUUUUGAUGAUUUUUACUGGAAUCACUGGUUUCAUCAUAAAUAUCGCAAUGUUUUUGCAGAUCAAAUUCACAACUCCUUUAACAAAUACCAUAUCAGGAACGGCAAAAGCUUGUUUCCAGACCGCUUUAGCCGCCUGGUUUUUCCAAAACGAAAUAUCAUUCAUGAACGGUACUGGUAUAUUUCUUGCCCUCCUUGGUUCCGCUUUAUAUUCUUGG